AGUAGAAAUAUACAAUGUAAUUAUAUGUUUAUCACAAACGUUAAAAAAUUUAAUUUUGUUGACAGACAAUUAAAAAGGGAUAUUUAAUACUAAACUCAAUCCAAAGAAUCAUCAAAAUCUUCAAGACAAAGAAAACACAAAGAAGAGGAAGAGGAAGUGGUAAACCCAAAGAACUAAGCCUUCGUUUCUUCAAACUAAAACCAAAACUCUUUGUUGUCUAAUAAUCUUCUUUGCCUAUAAAAUCUUAGUGAUCUUUCUAUGCUUUCUCACAAAACAAAACAUUUACCUAUAAACCAAACAAAGAGCAGCCAAAAGCAAAAGAGAGAUAGAGAAUGGCUAACUUUGGAAUCGAACGUGUUUACCAAGAAUUUGAGCCUGCAACUAGAUGGACCUCUGAACCAGACGCCGAGGUUCUUGUCGCUGAUCUUCCAGGAUUCAAGAAAGAACAACUUAAAGUGUCGGUAACUGCAACAAGGAAGCUAAGACUAACAGGAGAACGCCCAACUGGUGGAAACAAAUGGAUUCGCUUCCACCAGGAAAUUCCAGUUCCAUUGACCGUUGACAUCGACUCAGUUUCAGCCAUGUUCAAGGAUAACAAACUCUACAUCCGGCAUCCCAAACUCAAAACAGAAAUCCCUCAAACCAAGCCACCAACACCGGUGAUCAUGAAACCCCAUGAUCAGCAUGAGAGAAAACAAGGCCAGGGUCCAAAGGCAAUGGUUGAGAAGCCAAGCGGUGGUAAAACCGAUCAGCUGAAACAUGAUGCACAGCAGCUAAAACAUGAUGCACAGCAGCUGAAACAUGAUGCACAGCAAAAAGCAAGGGAGGUAGUACAGAGUGGAAAGAAUAAAUUAACUGGUGAGCCUAAAGGACCUUUGAGUUCCAAGGAUGACGAGAAAGACAAAGUUGGAGCGAAAUGGUUUGAGAAGUACAAAGAGGCAACUGGAAAUGUGGUAAAGGAAGCAAAGAACAAAAGACAGUUACUUUGCAAUUUGGCUGCUUCGGUUUCAUUGGUUCUGCUAAUCUUACUGUAUGCUAGAAAUGCAGUACGUUCAUCCCUUGUGUGGAAAUCCGAGGAAUGA